AUGUCGUCCCUUGAAGCUUAUUGCCAACAUCUCAAAGAUCUGGCAAGUCAACUGAAUGACGUUGAUUGCCCUGUCAACGAGAAACGUCUGGUUCUUCAACUUAUCUGUGGGUUGCCAUCCGAAUUUGACACAGUCGGCGCCUACAUCAAUCAUACCCUACCUCCAUGGGAUACCGCGUGCUCCAUGCUUCAACUUGAAACUCAGCGACAACGUGCUCGAGAUUCCCACUCAUCCACAGAGACCGUUGCUACUGUUGAACACAACCCACCAACAAACUCCAAUUUCCGACGUGGCGAAUCUGGAAACAGAGGCCGCCCUAACCAGCAGCGGAACACAAAUCGUCGAGUGCCUAUAUCUGCAUCUCCUUCUCGACCUGGUUAUACCUCCUCUGGUCGGCCAACACAAACCCAAUCAAAUAAUCAUAGUAGCCCUAUGUCCAAUAAAACACACCCUACAUGGGCCGGAUACCCACCGCCAUUAUAG